AUGGAUAUAAACAAAGAAAUAAACAAAAGACUAGAUAUAAAUGGAUAUGGUGUAGAAGCUAGAAAAACGAGUAAGAUAACACAGUUGAUAGGUGAAUGUCUAACAGAACGUUUUUUAAAUAAAGCUUUAACUAGUGGAGGCAAACCAGAAGGGUCCGAUUUAAUUAAAAGUGACUCCGAUGUUAUGGAAGUAGUAAAAGAAUUCACUGUUAUAGAAGACGAGAGACGCGGAAGUAUAAAUCUUGAUUUAAUACAUCUUGUUCAAUCAAAACCUGUAUAUAUUGUGAGAAAAGGAUGCAGUUCAGGAUAUUGCAAAUUAAAAAUUGAUACUUAUGCAAUUUUAAUGCUCAAACGCAUAGGUAUUACUCGUUUUUUCAAUGAAGUAAAGAUAUCUAAACUGAUCAAAAAUGUCAACAAUGUCUAUUUUCUCUCAAGUAAAUUGUUCUUUAAGAAAAUACGCCCAUUAGGAUAUUUUCCUGAAAGUCCAAACAAAGCAAUAUUUACAUGUAAUGGGCCAGCAAUGACUUGUGGUAAACUAGACACAGUCAAAUGUUUAGAAAUAAAUCAAUGGCCUGUCGAAGCAAUUACAUGGAGGACUCGUAAGAGAAAUAACAAUUGGCCGAGCAAAAUGACUUUAGAUUCGUUAGAAGAAAACGUCUCCUGCUAUGUUGUGCCGAUCGGUAGCAAAUCUUCAACGGAUGAAGACAUGGAAUGGAGGAUUUCAUUCACAGUCAUUGAAAGACACCUGAUAUGGAGUAUGAAUGAUACACAGUUCAAAUGUUUUGUACUACUGAAGGCACUUAACAAACAAUAUUUGAAAGACAUUGUAACAAAACAGAACAUUAUAUCGUCUUACCAUAUUAAAAAUGUUGCACUUUGGCUAUGCGAAGAAUCUCCUGAAACUGAUUGGAAAAGUGAGCUUUUGGUUCACCGUGUGCAAGACGGUCUACUUAAACUAGCCGGAUACGUUGAAAAGGGCAUUCUUCCUCAUUAUAUUGUACCGGAAAAUAAUCUUUUCCUUCAUAAAAGUAAUAACGAAAAAACAGAAGCGAAGACAUUGAUAGAUGAUAUUCUCAAUAACAUCAACAUUAGAAUAAACUCAUUAAAAAAAUUAAGAUACAAAUAUCAAGAACGUUUGCUUAUUAGGUGUAGAAAUAACGACAUUAUGUGUGAAAAAUAUACUUCACUUGAACAAUUCUAUUCACUAACAGAAUAUUUUAGAAGAUACAGCAUUGUUCCAAUGCUUGUCACAUUUCCAAAAUCCUUGAACCAAUCACUUGCAGAACCCACUUGUCAAAGUAAAGAAAGAAAAUUUGGAAAAGACGGCGAAGAUAUUUCGCCUUGUAUACGUUUAGCGUUUACUACUACAGAUGUCAGAAAGCGUCCCAGACGGACAAAACAGGACAUUGACUGUUAUAUCUCUAAGAUACUGAAACUUAAGGAAUUUGAUUACUUGACAGUACCAUUGACAUGCGCAAUUACAUACUUUAAAUACGAGAGGUUUUCGGACCUAAGGAGCAUUCUAUUACCAAAAUUGCAAGAUGAGUCUGACAAAUAUUAUAUAACACGUUACUCUCUUUGGCCUUGCUUAUCUAUAUGUUUAAAAUCAGGGGAACUUGAAGACUUCCUUCCAAAUAUACGAUAUUGUGAUCCUUCUACAAAUCGACAAAAUAUAGUGCUAAAUUUUCCAUUUUAUUGGGACGACCGUGGCAGUAUUCCUUAUCCUUUACAACUACAGCUAAAGAAACACAAGAAGUCGCCAAACACAGCAACAAUGAGAGAAUGUUUAAAGGCUCCGCUCAUGAGCCUGUACAUGAACGGUUUAUCCAAGUGA